AUGACAACCAGCAGAAAACUGCGCAUACUUUGCUUACAUGGUUAUCGUCAGAACGAUGUGCUAUUCCGCGAGAAGACUGGAAGCUUACGGAAGCAGUUCAAAAAAUACGCAGAUUUUGAGUUCAUGAGCGCUCCUCUCACACCGAAUGUUGAUCCCGGAGAAAGAGGUGAUGUGCGUGGUUGGUGGUUCUCACGUGAAGAUAAUCAGUUUAGCUCCCGUGAUGUUUGUUCGAUAGCUACAGGAUUUGAACAAUCGACUACUUCUCAUAUUCUUUGA